AUGAAACAAAAAGUAGAUUACUUUUGUUCUAAGGACAAAUUUAUUCAAAUAUUGGAGGGAAGAAGUGCGAAGGCACGAGCAGAAAGGCGGCGAGGGCCCCUUCAGGCCCCCCUCACACCAGUCGGCAGCGGCUGCGCUGCUGUUGAGCAGCUGCAGCGGCAUAACGUGAAACAGAAUUGGCAGAACAGGGGUAGUUUAGUUCCACAAGUACACAAGAGCGCCCAAGAAAUGCAGCAAAACCACGCCAGGGGGCCCCCCAUGGGCCCCCCACUAACUUGCAGCGACCUGCCCCCUGUAGAGGCAGGGGAUGGCCGCAAAGUAGAUGUAUCCGAUCUGAUUCACCUUUGUCGCCGCGCGUGCAAUGCCAUUCUUGAAGUGUAUACACAGCCUGAGGAGGAGUGGCAAGUGGAGCACAAGGGCGGCACCGAGCCCCUCACCAAGGCUGAUCUGCAGUCCAAUCGGGUGCUGUUGGGAGGUCUAAGAGACUUGUGUCCCGGCUGCCUGUUGGUGUCUGAGGAGAGCACGCAUGCAUCUGCUGCAGCACGAGCAGCAGCAGAGUUUGUAUGGCUAGUGGAUCCUUUGGACGGGACGAAGGAGUUUAUAAAGAGAAACGGGGAAUUCUGCGUCAACAUGGGCCUCUGCUUCAGGGGGGCCCCCGUGCUGGGCAUCGUUGGAGCCCCCGUUAGCGGUGCGAUGUACGUAGGAGGAGAGGCCCUCGGGGGGGCAUGGGAACUGCAAAAGGAAGGAGACCGUCUCCUUCCUCUGUCUUGUCGUGUAUUUAGCUGGGGAGACACUGGCCUUAAAGUUACUGCCUCUUCUUCCCAUAGCUCCCCAGACACCUGCGCCUUCUUGGCGCGGCUCAAGCAGCCGCAAAUGCAGCAAAUAGGGUAA